CAUUAACACGUGAACUGAGCUCAAGACGCACCUGUGCAAGUAGAGAGUCAUACACACCCCGACUCUUAAUUCUUUUGUUUUUUUACCGUAGUUCAACGUCGGAAAGGAUUUCUCACUGGGUGGUUGUAGGACAAAUUUCCAGCUGAACUUGCGACGAUCUCACAAUGGAACUGCAUGAUAUCAAGUCUUCAGUUUCGCACAUGUAUGAUGACUUCAUCCAAAACGCAGACUCUCGUACGGAGAACUGGCUGUUCAUGGACUCUCCCAUCGUGCAGAACAUCAUCAUCAUGGCGUACAUCUGCUUCGUCAUAUCACUGGGCCCGUGCAUCAUGGAGAAGCGCAAAGCUUUUGACCUCAAAGGGGUUCUGGUGGUGUACAACUUCAGCGUGGUGGCACUCUCGCUCUACAUGUGCUACGAGUUUGUCAUGUCGGGAUGGGGAACAGGAUACUCCUUCCGCUGUGAUCUCGUUGACUACUCUGACUCGCCACAAGCUAUAAGGAUGGCAGAAACGUGCUGGCUUUACUAUUUCUCCAAGUUCAUCGAGAUGUUGGACACGGUUUUCUUUGUGCUGAGGAAGAAAAACAGCCAGGUGACAUUUCUUCACGUGUUCCAUCAUUCUAUUAUGCCGUUUACCUGGUGGUUUGGUGUUCGCUUUUCUGCAGGUGGUAUGGGGACUUUUCACGCCGUGCUCAACUGUGUCGUCCAUGUCAUCAUGUACACUUACUACGGCCUGACCGCCUUAGGGCCCAAAUACCAGAAGUACCUGUGGUGGAAGAAAUACCUGACCACCAUUCAGCUGAUCCAGUUUGUGAUGGUGACCACGCACAUCUCGCAGUACUUCUUCAUACAGGACUGCGCCUACAAGUUCCCCAUCUUCAUCUACAUCAUCGGUCUGUACGGCCUCAUCUUCCUCUUCCUCUUCCUCAACUUCUGGUACCACGCCUACACCAAAGGCAAGCGGCUGCCCAAGGUGCUGCAGGCCCAGAUGUGGGCCCACCAUUCAAACGGCGUCAUGAAUGGCAACGCUAACCACACCAAAGAGGAAUAAUUGGCCGCUCGGCACGGGGCUUUUUUGUGGCGGACUGCUGCUCUGGUUUAGCUUUUUCUACUUGCAAAAAAGAGACAAUCUUUAUAAAUUAUGACCAGUUAUAUUUAACCCCAGACAAAGGGAACUUUUGUAUUUUAAUGUUUAGUAUUGACUGUAUAGUUAAUUAAGACAUGACUGUAUAGUUAAUUAAGCCAUGGGAAAAACUGUCAUUUAUAGGGCUUCUCCAAUGGCAUGACUGAGACUCCAUGACCCUGAUGUGUGCAGUGCCCCUCUUAAAAGUGACGGGUUGGUGUGAUUUGUUUUUUUUCCCCACAUUUAUUUUGUCUUGGUGGUUCACUAUAAAAGUUGGAGGGUAAUCCAUGUUGCCGUAAUAUUAGUCUUUGCAAGGCUAUUUUAAUGGUAACAUGCAUACAGAGUAGGGUGUUUACUUUUUUAUUUUAAAUAUUUCACACCUUGAUGCUUGGAGUCACAGAUCUGAUGUUUUCAGUGGAAUGUUCUCUUGAAGCGUGACAAAUUGAUUCCUGGGAGAGCCAGGGGGCGCUCUUGUGGAGCACCAGGGCAUUGUUCACUAAAAAAGUUGAAUGUUUACAGUGACAUGUCUUUGGGUCGGUCACAGGAGUGUCUGUGUAUUAUGAUGAUCUUAAGCUUCAAAGUGAAUGAAACGGCGCUCCUGUGAUUGACAAAAGGAGAUAUGAGAUCGCUGGUGGUGUGUAUUUGAGAAGAGGGUUAGUUCGAAUGAUGCAGUUCAUGUUCACGUCUAAUAUCCUGUUCUCAGUCCAAUUGUUAACCAUUUAAGACUUAUGUGCCUUGAAAAGUUGUUUAUACUGUUUUAUAUGUAUUUAUGUAUAAUAAAUGUUGACUAUGUAU